AUGCCUUUCAAGUUGCUCGAGGUGGACACCGCCACUGACUUUGAAGAAGUCAUCGAGUGCCAAUGGGCCGCAUAUGAGAAUCCAUUUCAAAGUUUCUUCCGCCUCUUCUGUCCAGUUCACGGCGACGGCCCUACUGCCCGAGCAGAGUCAAUUAAGGAAUGUAUAGCUCGCCAGCUAGACUGGCAUAAUUCGGAUCCAACAAGUUACUGGGGGAAGGUCAUUGAUGACAACGGCAAGAUUGUUGGCGCUUGUCUAUGGAAGAUCUGUCCAAAAAACCCUUUCGAAAAGCACGAUGGCUAUUCUGAAGCCUAUUGGUACCCGGAAGGAGAGACGCGGGAAUAUGUUAGCAAGUGUUUGGAGCAGUUCGACGCACCAAGACGCAAGAUGGGGGCAAGACCGCAACUUUACCUCAAUAUCAUCUAUACACACCCAGACUUCCGGCGUCAGGGCGUGGCAGACUUGAUAAUGGACUGGGGUAAGCAGAAAGCUGACGAGAUGGGCGUUGAGAUGUGGCUGGAUGCCACCAAGUAUGGUGUACCUGUCUACAAGAAGCACGGGUUCACUAUUGUCAACGUUAACCGACUGCAACCGACAAAGACGGCCCCUGGCGAGGCGUGGAGGAAGAUUGACGAGGAGUUGCAACCCAUGACCUUCUGGCAGAUGUGGAGACCCGCUGGUGGCAGCUACGAUGAGGGUAAAAGUGUAAAGCCAUGGGAGUGA